AGAUUAGAUUGAUGCCAUGAUUAAUGACUUUUCAUACAGCAGGGUUAUUGAAGGGACCUUCACAUGGGUACCAAAAAGCAUGAAUCGGCUUUCCGAAAAAGGGAAGCCGGUCAAUGCUUGGAACGGCCUUCUCGUGGCCCCUUCAUCAUAGCCACCGGCCAUGAUAACAUCAAACCCGAUGCAAGAUCCCGGAAAUUUAUUCGCCACCAUGUAAUGCGAGGCAAGAACCAGAAGCGUGUCGCUUCUCAGGAUUACCAGUUGGGUUCUUGGAUAAAUCGUGAGCAUGAAGUGCCCAUGUCGCAACUGGUCGCGACAAUCAAAGGGGCGUCGGAAGGCCGUGUGCCUAAUCCCAUUAAGCUCCAAAUUAGCGGGCUAAGCUGCAUUUAUAUAGGUUUCUCGGCGAAUGAUAUGGGGCCAUGCACACUGCAGCUUCUGUAUGAAUUUAUCAACGCAGUGAACAAAGCAAUGUAUCCGGGUGAAUGUUGUGUUGAUAUCCAUAAAGCAGGUCAAUGUUGGUUCGAGAGUCUAAGCUAUGAUCCUGCGUAUGCCCAAGCCGUGCUGUACACUGCUCAAGCCUACUUCGACUUUGUCAAGAGUCGGGUGUUAGGGCCAAAGGCUAUCAGACAUAUAAACGCCACCAUGCAUCUGCUGCAGCAGUCUCUCGCAGAGCCUAAUGAAGCAACUAGUGACUCGACAAUAUUUACAAUAAUGGCAUUGGCCAUGGUUUCGGAUGUUCUCGGAGACCUUGAAACGGCCAAGAAACAUCUUCUUGGUUUAUAUCAAGUAAUCAGUACCCGUGGUGGUAUAGAAACACUUUCUCAAAACCGUUCAUUGCAAGUUAAAUGUUGCAGACUUGAUCUUCUAAUUUCUCUCAAAAUCGACAGCCGGCCGCUUUUUUACGCGGGUGAUAAUAUCUCGUGGAGCACAUAUCUCAUCGCUACACAGAAAAUAUACCCAACAACUACACCGGUUAAUAUGAUGUGUGAGAUACCGGACUUCAGACUCGCCAACGUAUGGCUUGACCUUCGUGAGUUUAUAAUAGCAAUCAAUCUAGCGCAUCAAACCCACCGCACUAUCUCUGCAGAGCUUUUUCAAGAGACUUUAAUUUCGGUGCAAUACCGUUUACAGCACCUGAGCUAUAAUAAUUGUGACCCGCACGAAAUUCUUCGGCUCUCGAUGCUUGCCAUUUCGAAUACAAUAUUUUUGAAAGCCGAUGGGGAUACAAUACAUUACCAAAGCUCCGCUGAGAAGCUGAGAGUCGCUCUGCAGUUCCGAAACCCGAAAGAAGACCGUAAAGGGCUUGAGCUAAACUUAUGGCUCAUAUUUGUUAAUAGUAUAUAUAUAUUGGAUUUAAAAGGUGAUGCCUGCCUUUUGAUGCGCGAUAUGCGUACUAUAAGUCGAGAGUUAAGAUUAAGCACUUGGGAAGCUAUCAGAACGGUGUUGAAAAGUUUCUUAUGGGUGGAUGUGAUGUACGAUAAACAUGGGAAGAAGUUUUUCAACGAAGGAAAGGCUUUGGAGAGUGGCUGAAUUGAAACACGAUUUGCGAGUCGAAAUAAGUAACAUUUCCCGUUCAUGACCCCUGAGAACCAUUUGAAUAUCUUAUUACCUAGAUUGAACACGCCCUGGCACCCGAACAACUGUUGUCAUAGAAGGGAAAUAGUCUAGAACAUGAUUCUUCUCGUGAGAAUUUUAUUGAUGUUAACAUUGAAUUUGAUAUAAAUGGAAGGUCAAGAAGAGGCUAUAUACGGGGAUAUCUAAUGACUCAAGGAACGAUGGAUACAGAC